UCCGCGUGAAGCAGCGCGAACAUUUGCGUAAAUGAAGGGACGCGCCUCUACCGAAUGGGAAUCCCCAACAUAGGAUUCACCAGGUUCGCGCUAAAAAAUGGGCAACCAACUUCUCCAUUUUGACAUGUAUGUACAUGUUUGUGUGCACGUUUACCCCAGUUCCAACGCAUUGGAUUUUCUUCUUCCCUCCCUGAAUAGCUGCUCACCCGCAAGUCUUUACCACCACGUCGACCUGCGCAAAAGGUGCCAUACAUUUUGACGCAAAGUGGAAGAAAAAAGCUGAUCAUUAAAGAGGAGGGAGUAAAUAACAGGGAUGUUAAAAGUGACCUGCGGAUGGGACCUAUAAAUGGAUGCUCUACGGUGCAUGCCCUAACCGGCAGGUUGAAAAGCUUCCCCAUCUUUCUAAUUUAAGACGACACGUACGGUGCUAUAAGGAGCAAAAAAGUAUUCCACUUCGCGGAACUGGCCAAGUAACAACCCCCUUCCAACGUCGGGUGUGCCAAUUAAUUUCGUGGACCAUCUCGUAUGGUAACACUUUUCCAUUCAUUCGUUCAGCCGCAGCUCCGCCGCUUACUCCCCCGCUUGAUUAAUUAUGCCGUAUGUGAGGCACCCCCCCGCUGCGAAAAUGGCCAAAUUGGUCAUGCCCAGAAGAAGGUUCCACAACUACUUCGCAAAAAAUACGCUAAGACAAAUGUUAAAAAAGGAAGAAAUCGCUUUUAACGAGCUUCACAAAAGAGUGUACGUUGGAAGUUCCCCCCUUGAGGGGGUAGGUAUAUUCUCAUGCGACGAAAUAAAAAAAAAUGAAAUUAUUGAAAUAUGCCCGACGGUCAAAAUGAAAAAUGAAGAUAUCCCAGAAAAGUUGGUUCAUUAUUUAUUCGAAAGCAAAAAGGAAAAUAUGAACACAAAAGUAGUUCAAAUCGUCACGAAAAGGAGAGAGGCCAUCAAUUAUAAGCUUUUCCCACUGGGCUACGGAAUUUUAUAUAAUCAUUCAGAUUCCCCCAAUGCCUUUGUUCAUAUAGUGUCGCUGAGGGAGGAGGAAGGAAAGUCUGGCGAGGAUCACAAGGAUGGGAAAAAUGAGACAAUAACGUCCGACCAAAUAAUGAUAUUUCGCGCACAAAGGGAUAUCCAAAAGAACGAGGAGAUUUUCAUUUCGUAUGGGCACUCGUGGUGGAAGGUAAGUUGCGGGCGAAAUGGCUAG